AAAGCCCAAUGCAUCUCCAUGGUGGCACUUGACAUUAUUUUUUUCCUCGAAACUCAGCUGCAAGGAGAAGGAGAAGGUAGGCUCCAGCCAUGGCUUCCCAGCUCUCCGCCGCCACAUCCGUGCCGCAGUUCCAUGGCCUCCGGACCUACUCCUCUCCUAGGUCCAUGGUGACGCUGCCAUCGUUGAGGAUGAGCAAGAAGAGGUCCCAGGGCAUCCGGUGCGACUACAUCGGCUCAGCCACCAACGUUAUCAUGGUGACGACGACGACGCUGAUGCUGUUCGCGGGGAGGUUCGGGCUGGCGCCGUCGGCGAACAGGAAGUCGACGGCGGGGCUGAAGCUGGAGGCGCGCGACUCCGGCCUGCAGACCGGCGACCCCGCCGGGUUCACGCUCGCCGACACGCUGGCCUGCGGCGCCGUCGGCCACAUCAUGGGCGUCGGCGUCGUCCUCGGCCUCAAGAACAUCGGCGUCCUGGACCAGAUCAUCGGCUAAUCAAAUUCAUUAAGCUAGUCACACGAAUCAAUACUCCUAUGUGUAAUCGAUGCAUGAGUGCCUGUGUGAUGGACGAUGUAAUGAUCAUGUAAAUUGUGCGUGGAAUCAGUGCUUAUCUAGCUUAAUUUUGUUUCUGUCAACCAAUGGAAUGUUUCUUGAUGCAGAGCUUUGUUGUUGGAUCUUCGAGGAAGAAAAUGUUUUUGAUUGCUUGGUUUUAAA